CCGUGACACACACACACUCAAAAAGAGAGAGCUCGCGCUUCAAGGUGUUCAUGCAUACGCGUGCUGGAGCUCGACUUCCGAACGUGUAAAAAAAAAAAAAAAAACAGAGCGUGGGAAAGCAAGCGCGCGCGCGGGUUUUCUCCGGGGAUCUCUGUCUCUGUCUCUCUUCGCGCGUCACGGGCACGAGCUGCUGGGUCUGCGCGAGCUCUCCCCGGUGUCCGCCAUGGCUCAGGAGAACGGAGAGAGCGCCAGGGACUCGUGGAAAAAACAAGUGGACGACAUCAAAGAAAUGUUCGAUUUCAAGGAGGUCCUCGGCACAGGCGCGUUCUCAGAGGUCGUCCUGGCUCAGGAGAGGGCCACAGGGAAGAUGUUUGCCGUUAAGUGCAUCCCUAAAAAAGCCUUGAAGGGGAAGGAGAGCAGCAUUGAGAAUGAGAUCGCUGUGCUACGCAGGAUCAAGCAUGAGAACAUCGUAGCCCUGGAAGACAUUUACGAAAGCUCUGAUCAUCUGUACCUCAUAAUGCAGCUGGUUUCAGGAGGAGAGCUGUUCGACCGGAUCGUAGAGAAGGGCUUCUACACAGAGAAAGACGCCAGCACACUCAUCAGACAAGUACUGGAUGCAGUCAACUACCUGCACACUAUGGGCAUCGUACACCGAGACCUGAAGCCCGAGAAUCUUCUUUACUUCAACCCUCAAGACGGCUCCAAGAUCAUGAUCAGUGACUUCGGCCUUUCGAAGAUGGAGGGCACGGGGGACGUCAUGUCCACUGCCUGUGGUACACCAGGAUACGUCGCUCCCGAGGUGCUCGCCCAGAAGCCGUACAGUAAAGCUGUGGACUGCUGGUCGAUCGGAGUCAUCGCAUACAUCCUGCUGUGUGGAUAUCCACCUUUCUACGACGAGAACGACUCCAAACUCUUCGAACAGAUCCUGAAAGCCGACUACGAGUUUGACGCACCUUAUUGGGACGACAUAUCCGAUUCAGCCAAGGACUUUAUCAGCUGUUUGAUGGAGAAAGACUCGGCUAAGCGCUACACCUGUGAGCAGGCUCUCCGUCACCCCUGGAUUGCCGGAGACACUGCUCUCUGCAAGAACAUCCACGAAUCUGUCAGCCGCCAAAUGCGUAAAAACUUUGCUAAGAGCAAGUGGAGGCAAGCCUUUAACGCUACAGCGGUGGUCAGGCAUAUGAGAAGGCUGCAGCUGGGCAGCAGUAUGGGUGCCAGCAUGGACGGCGCUCACCCGAACAGCAGCGCCCAGAGCCGGGGGCAUGCGGCAAAGCAGCAGACGCCACCACCCAACCAAAACCUGACCGCGGCGUUAAACCUCAACCAGACCCAGAAACCUGCUCCUAACCAGAAUCAGUAUCACAUCAACAACAUGUCUACAGAGUCUCCCACUAUAACACGCAAAGACUGUACAGCACCUCCUCAUGCUUCCUGUUCUUUGGCGUCCGCAGCCGUGUCCCCAGCUCCAGGGGCGGAGCCCUGCAGGCCACACCCAACCUCGGUUGCCCCGGUGAGCACUGUGUUAACUGGGACCAAGUGACGCCAGGUCCUGCGGGGGGAGAGCUGGGAGGCAACGGCCCUGUGAGCCACGCCUCUCAGCCCACCCCCCGCCCUGCCUUGAGGACAGGCAGAGGACUCACCCGCCCACUGGUCGCCAUAAUUAAACCAUUGAGAGACUCGACACUGCGCGCCACUACCUGCAUCCUGCAACUCGUUCUGCUAAUCAAACCCCACACCAUCAGGGGGCACGACACACGCAGACAGGAUGAUGGAGAGAUCUAAUUCACUCAUAAGAGUGGAUUUAUGUGGCCGGACUCGAGUCUUGUAUGAGAAUGAUAGCGUGUCGUGUUAUGAUUGUGCUACGGAUCACAGCAGCCAUUUAACCCUUGGGUUACGACUCGGAAAGGACUUCAGAGGAAUGCACGGGAGCAAAAGUGAAGUGUGUCUGCCUCGAGCACUUUCAGGCAGAACCAAUGUCAAAUAGUUGUUCUUAUUCUAUAUCUCUAAGCUCUUCCCCUUGUAUUCUCUCGUUUUCUCCCAUCCUUUCACACUUCUGGCACUUCCUAUACGUGGUGUUUGAAUUGACGAGAUUUUUUUGCUGUUUAAUUUCUAGAGUUUCUAGUCGUUCUCUGGUUUUCAAGUUUUCUACGAUCUGACUCGCAGACCCGCAGAAGUGCUUUAUAAUCCUGUUAGACUGUUCUGAACUGUUAAUCUGGCUCCGAAUUGUAGGUGUUUGCACAUGAGAAUUCCACAGCUUCUGACUGACCUGCUGUCAUCCUGCAGUGUUGGAUUGAGAGUUAAUGUUUAUUACCAUGUCGCAAAAUCCAUUCAAAUAUUUGCCUCAAAUCUGAUUUUCUUUUUCAGUUUUAUUACAUGCACACACACCCAAACAGUGAAGACUGACAGUGAUAGCACUGUCAACACACUAUCUUUCUCUCAGUCUAGCUAUCUCACGUUUACACACACACACAUAUAUAUUGACAUCCCCUUGAAAGCCAUGGCAGCGUUGCUUCACACCCAGUGUACGAGUUCUCAGGGAAUUCCACAGUUGCACUGGACAUAAUCAUGACCAUAGAAAUGAAAAUUCUUCCAUGUCUCGGGGCAGUCUCACCUCGUACCCAGACUAGGGCCCUUCAUAGCAAAUGUUAGGAUUAGGAUUUAUCGUGCGCCCCAUCAUCCACCCUGUAUCGAACUGUCUCUACCAAAGGUCUGAGUCAGACGGCAUGCAUAUAUGGGCUAGGGCUGCCCCCUGUAAGUUUACUAAAUGCUUUGGUUUAUGUGUUUGUUUUUAAUGCACUCGUUUAUAUUUUAGAUUAAUCAUAGUUAAAACCGGUAUUGCGUCCGGAAAUUUAGAUUAUAUAGCUAGUAAUUGUUUAAAAAGAAAUGCAAAUGACACGGAUGGAUGGAUGCAAAACCAUGGGGGAGCUUUGUGUGGCAUAAAAAAACAAACAAACAAACAAAAACUUGGACACAUUUUUUUCAUAAGACUUAAAAAUAAGUCUGAAAUGGUGAAACAAACUCUGCAAAACUCAUCACAAUUAUUUAAAUAACGUAUAAAUCUUUUACAAAACAUAAUUAACUAAUUGUGAUGCUAUAUUUAAGCUGAUCUUUGCGCGGCUUGCCUUGAAAUUAAAAAAAAAAAAGAAACAACAGCGAAAUGCUUGGGGGAAUUCUAAUUAAAAGAAAUAAA